ACUUAGAUCUUUGAAUUUACGUAAUUGUUCAAAAUUUUUCAUUCAUAUGAUAACUCCUGUUAUAUCAAUAGAAACUUUAGGUAAUACUCAACUUACAACAUUAAAUUUAGGUGGAGUUUCACUUAAUGAUCAUAAUCAUAUAAAUGCUUUAUACGCAUAUAUUCAAUCACCAGCAUUUGCAAAAUUAAGAUUUUUUAAUAUAGAAGAUUGUAAUCUUGGUGGUGAAAUGAUUGCCAUAAUAUUAUCUUAUGUUACAACUUCACCAAAUAGUAAAAAAAUAAGAGUUUGGGCAGGAGGAAAUCAUAUAACUAGAACUUUACAAGGUUUUAAAGAACUUUGUAAUGCUAUUAAUAAUAAUUGGACUCCAACUUGGCUUUCAUUAAGAUAUACGAUGUUUGGUUCAAAUCUUGAAAUGGUUAAUGAUUUUUUACAAACUUUUUGUGAAAAUUCAGUUAUAAAAUAUUUGGAUUUAUCUUACCCAUAUUUUAAUGCUCCUAUAGCUUCAAGAGUUACAAAGACAGUAAAUAAAGCAUGUGAAGUUAUUGGAAAAGUUUUUAGAGAAAAUCAAUCAAUAAGAGAAUUGCAUUUAAAUGGAGAUUCUGAAAGAAGAUUUGGUCCUUCUCUUGGUAUUAGUUUAUCUGGAUUGAAAGAUAAUGAUACAUUAGAAAAAUUAUUUAUCAAAGGAAAUGCAAUAGGUGAUCGAGGAGCUUUAUCAUUAAGUGAAGCUUUAAAAUCGAAUCGUAAAUUAAAAUCUUUAGAUAUUGAUGAAAAUGAGAUUGGAAUUGAUGGAUAUAGUGCAAUUAAUUACGUUUUUACAUCUGGUUCAAAUUUAUCAGUAAAACAUUUCACGUAUCCAAUACAAGAUUUAGAAACUUAUGAAAACAAACGUGAUUUAUCAUUCAAUCCUCCUACAAUUAAAAGGAUGGCAUUAGAAAAAGAAAAACGAAAAGCUAAUCUCCGUCGAGUUUUAGAUGAAAUUAUGGAUUCAAUUAAACAAUUUAAUAAUUUUGAUUCUACUAAUGAUGCAUUUAACGAGUAAAGUGUCUAAUUUAUUAUAUUAUUAUUAUAAUUUUUAUUAGUAUAAUUUUAUAUAGAAAUAUCGGU